ACACUAUCAUUAUCAAGAGUAUAGUCGAGAUAGAAGCCGUUCUAAUAGUAGAGGUCAGAAAUACCAAAGAGGUUGAGAAAGAAGUAUACACUGGUCAACGUCUAUUCAUAAAAGACACCGAUCACAAUCUAUUCGUAAAAGACAUCAAAAGAACAAAAAAUAAUAGAGAUUGUUUAGAAUCAGAAUGGGACUAUUCAGAUUGUAAAAUAGAGAAAACUUCAGAAAAAGAUAAACACACUAGUAAAGAUUAUACUAUUCUAGCUAAACAAAUAAGUGAAAUGAGAGAUUGUAUAAAUAUUUUAUUAAAAGGAAAGAAUAAAAAAGUGGAUUUGAAUCAUUUAUCAGUUGAAAAGCAGAAUUCAACCAAAAAAGAUCAUUUUUACAUCAUUGAAGAAUCCCAAACUUUAACUUCAAAAACCUCUUUAAGCAAUCGACAGCAAAAAAAGCCAAUCAUUAUUGAUUCUAAUGAUAACCAAUCGGAUGAUUAUAUAACUGACGAGAAUGACAGAAAUAAGUAUAAUGAAAAACAAGAAUUGAAGAAAUAUCAUCGUUCUCGUUCUGUAACUCUAUCGGAUAACUAUUCGUCAAGAAGUUCAUUAACAGACUCUUCUGACUAUUCCAAUUCAAAUCAGCAGACUUCUCGCCAAAAUAAUACUAAAUUUCUUUAUGCAGCUGAUAUGCCAAAAAAUCUUCAGAGGUCUUUAAGAAAAAGGAACUGCCGUGCCAUUAUGAUCGACCAACUUAUAGAUUUAAAUGAUCCUUUGGUUAACAAAUUAUCCAAUCGAGAGUUGCAUCCUUUGAAAGUUAAUAACAGAUAUCAUUCUCCUGACGAUAGCGAAACAGACACAGAAUAUCCAACUGGCAAGAAAAAACUCAUAACAAAAAACCUCAAUAAUCAGUAUACUUCAGAGAAAGUACCAUCCAAUGUUCCAAGAUGGACACUUACCGGAUAUAAUAGACCAAUAAAAGAAGUUGUUGAAAGGGCUUGCCGUCAAAGAUCAGCAAUAUCACUUGAUCAUCAAGAGGAAAAAUAG